AUGAAGCAAUUAAAGAAGCCUGGAUGGCGGCCUCCUAACUGGGCUUUUGCUUGUGUGUGGACAUAUUUGUAUUCUACCAUGGGUUAUGCAUCGUACCGAGUCUGGGUGGAGCUCGACAAACCUGAUCUUCUGGCACCUGCUAGCCUGCCUUCACCCCUCAAGCUCUUUAUUUUGCAAAUUCUGCUGAAUUGGCUGUGGACACCUAUUUUCUUUGGUCUAAAGCAAAUUACUAUGAUAACCUGGCAGGACUUAUUAGUGCCAUAUUUGGUUUGGUUGAUUCUGGCCACAGCCCUCACAGUCACCAUAUGGAAAGCAAAUCUACAGUGGUGCUAUGGGUACCCAGCAUCAAAGAAAAAAUAGUUGUUUUUGUUGUUUAAUAAUGCCCACAUGAACUCAGUUAAAUUCCUACAUACAUACAAACACAUGGUAUAUUUCAUUUCUGUUUUCAGGUUGAAUGAACAGCACUGUAUAUUUUAAUUUC